AUGGACGGCGACGAACUCAUUGCCUCGGUCUACCGCAAGAUCGAGCGGGAAAAGGCUCUCAUCACCGCUGCGACCAACAUGCGGCAGUCGACCGAUAACCCCAUGGUGCAGCAGCGAGUCGAUGCGAACAUCCGCGAUGGCCGCAAGAACAUUGCUUACCUGGAAGAGAAGAUGAAGGAGUUGCAGAUCCGUCGAAUCGAGCAGGAAGGCGGUUCUGCUUCGCCCACCGAGAACCGUGGGAGUUCACAGGGCCCCGUUCCUCCCCCGAAGGACUACGGGCCGGGCUAUCACAAUGACGCGGGCGAUUUUGGUGAUUCUGGUUACCCGCAAGGAGGAGCUGGCUCCAUGCCCUCGGGUGCUCCAUACUCGGACCCGCGACCUUUUGCUCCUGUCCCCAAGGCCAGGCCGAAUUAUACGAAACUUGACUUGAUUAAAUAUGACACCAACUAUCUCGGACCCAAGAUUCAACUCAUGCUGUCCCAGCUCGAAUUCAAAUUGAGUGUGGAGAAACAAUACAAGGCGGGCAUUGAAAAGAUGGUUCGUCUAUAUCAAGAUGAGGGUGACAGAAAGAGUCGCGCGGACGCCGAGGGUCGACGGAUUGAGAGCAACCAGAAGAUCCAGCUGCUCAAGCAGGCCUUGAAGCGAUAUGAAGACCUCCACGUUGACAUCGAGUCCACCGAUACACCCGAUGUAGAUGAAAGUCUUAGCUCUCCUAACAUGCGCAAGCCGCUCACUGGUCUUUUAACCCUGCGUAUCCAUGCUGUCAAAGACGUAGAUCAUGCCGCAGGCUCAAGAUUCUCCAGAGGCCCCGAAACAUUUGUCAUUCUCAAGGUUGAAGAUGCUAUCAAAGCAAGAACUAAGCCCACUAGAGCAGACAAGUGGCCUGAUGAAGCCUUUACCAUCGACAUUGACAAGGCCAACGAAAUCGAACUUACCGUAUACGACAAAUCGGGCGACAGACCAACGCCCAUCGGUAUGCUUUGGGUGCGCAUUUCCGACAUCGCAGAGGAGAUGCGUCGCAAGAAGAUCGAGACAGAGUUGAAUGCCUCUGGCUGGGUAUCUGCAGACAAGAUGGAGCACGGCGGUGCUUCCGGGCCUUCUUCACCGAUGGGUGGUUCCCAGAAUCCCGCCGGAGCACAUCCCAACGCUCCUGUUCCGGACGGUGCCCCUGGUGCUCCUUCGAUGAACACGGUCUUGAUCGAUUCUUGGUUCGCUUUGGAACCAGUUGGCCGUAUUCACUUGUCAUUGAGUUUCGCCAAGCAACUGAAGGACCGCCGACCAUUCGACAUUGGUCUGAACCGUCAAGGUGCCGUUCGACAGAAGAAGGAAGAGGUUCAUGAGAAGCAGGGCCACAAGUUUGUCACCCAGCAAUUCUACAACAUUAUGCGUUGUGCCCUUUGCGGCGACUUUUUGAAAUAUGCUGCUGGUAUGCAGUGUGCCGACUGCAAGUAUACUUGCCACCGCAAGUGUUAUCCUAAGGUUGUCACCAAGUGUAUCAGUAAAGCAAACUACGAGACCGAUCCCGACGAGGAGAAGAUCAACCAUCGUAUUCCCCAUCGCUUCGAGGGAUUCUCCAACCUCUCGGCGAACUGGUGUUGCCACUGCGGUUACUUGCUUCCUUUCGGACGCAAGAGCGCCAAACGAUGCUCAGAAUGUGGACUUGCUUGCCAUGCUCAAUGCACACACCUUGUGCCCGAUUUCUGUGGCAUGUCUAUGGAAGCUGCCAAUCAGAUUCUGGAAACCUUGAUUCGCGCAAAGAAUCACAACAAAUCCGCCUCUGUUAGUUCUGGUCUCAGUGGCCGCACCCUUCGACCAGGCGGCCCGCCUCAGAGUCCUCAAGAAAACGCGUCUCUUGCCUACCCGCAAAAGCCAGUCGAGGGCCCUUAUGCCCCCCAAAGACAGGCUUCUGCAGAAGCUGUUAGCGCCGCGACUAACUCUUAUAUGCCACCACAGUCACCAACAGCUGCGCAGCGACAGCAAAUUCCUACCCCGACUAGCCCUUCGUCAAGCCCUGCUGCUGCCGCCGCCGCCGCAGCGACAGGAUUGCGUACCCCCCAACAAGUACCAGAAAUGAGCCGCCCAGUACAGUCACAGCCACCUGCACAUGCUCCUUAUGACCCAUCUGUAUACGCACCUUAUCAGCAAGGUAUUCCCCCUCAAGCAAUGCAGCAGAAGGUUACUUCGCCGUAUGGUAUGCCAGUACAGCAGCAGCAACCUAUGCCUAUAGUUCCGCAGCAGCCUGUAGCCGUGAAGGACGAGAUCCCUCAGCAGCCAAGAAUCAGAAUUGGUCUCGACCAUUUCAACUUCCUUGCUGUCCUUGGUAAAGGUAACUUCGGAAAGGUCAUGCUGGCAGAGACCAAGAGUGCGAAGAAGCUUUAUGCUAUCAAGGUGUUGAAGAAGGAGUUUAUUAUCGAAAACGACGAAGUUGAGAGUACCAAGUCCGAAAAGCGUGUCUUCUUGGUUGCCAACAAGGAACGCCACCCAUUCCUCCUCAACUUGCACGCCUGUUUCCAGACAGAAACCCGUGUUUACUUCGUUAUGGAAUAUAUUAGUGGUGGUGAUCUUAUGUUGCACAUUCAGCGUGGCCAGUUCGGUCUGAAGAGGGCCCAAUUCUACGCUGCCGAGGUUUGCCUGGCUCUCAAGUACUUCCACGAGAACGGUGUCAUCUACCGUGAUCUGAAGCUUGACAAUAUCCUUUUGACCCUGGACGGUCACAUCAAGAUUGCAGACUACGGUCUUUGCAAGGAGAACAUGUGGUAUGGCUGCACCACCAGCACAUUCUGUGGUACUCCUGAAUUCAUGGCACCAGAGAUUCUGUUGGACAAGAAAUACGGCCGGGCAGUUGAUUGGUGGGCAUUCGGUGUGCUUAUCUACCAGAUGCUUCUUCAGCAGUCUCCAUUCCGUGGUGAAGAUGAGGAUGAAAUCUACGAUGCCAUUUUGGCUGAUGAGCCCCUCUACCCCAUCCACAUGCCUCGUGACUCUGUCUCCAUUCUUCAGAAGCUGCUCACUCGUGAGCCAGAAUUGAGAUUGGGCUCGGGACCUACGGAUGCCCAGGAGGUCAUGUCCCAUGCGUUCUUCAGGAAUGUCAACUGGGAUGACAUCUACCACAAGCGGGUUCCUCCUCCAUUCAUGCCAACCAUCAGCAGCCCUACCGAUACAAGCAACUUCGACCAGGAAUUCACCAGUGUCACUCCUGUCCUUACGCCCGUGCAGUCAGUUCUUUCUCAAGCUAUGCAGGAAGAGUUCCGUGGUUUCUCUUACACCGCGGACUUUGCCUAA